AUGGUUGCUGCUACGGCCGCUCUCCCCAACGGGGUCGCUGACGCCCCCGUUGUCGACCCUUCCCUCGCGACUGCUGGUGAAACCGACGAUAUUGUAGAUGAUGACAGCUUCAGCGACGCUUACGGCGAAGACACGGAGGAAAUGGCCGUAGAGCCUCCUCGGCAGGAGAUCGUCGACAACAACGACGACUACGCCAAGACGUUUGACUCUCCUAUCGGUCCUGGGGAAGGGGAAGACCAGGAACCCGAGCAUGUAUCAUCAGUACCACGAGAAUCCAACGAGAAUCCAUCACUUUUAUCCGAUCACUUGACUAGUCGCCCAUCAGACGUCUCUCAUGUCGCUGCUGAUUCAUCCGCGUCUGCCCCAGCUGCUCAGAACCCAUCUGUCUCUGCUGUUCAGCCCGAAGCUGGCCCUGAGCCUGCCAGCGCAGCUGUAUCUCAGCCUGGCGAUGCGCAAGCGGCUUCCAUCCCGCCAGUGGCCCAGCCCACGCUGCCCGGAGCUGACCCUACCAAGCAAGAUCCCGAAAACUCAUCAUCUGUUGACAUCCAACAACUCGUGGCUGACCUCACUGCCCAUCCAGCUGAGCCUAGCCCCGGAAACCCUGACCCAACGCCGGCUUCUGCGUCGACAGCUGAUGUCCCAGCGGCUUCAUCCAACCCCUUUCCCCCUUCUACUUCUACUCUCUCCUCCAACAUCACCGCUACCACUACUACUGCUUUGCCACUAUCUUCCUCUCUCCCACCGCGUCCUCCGCUGCCCCAGGUCGCUCCCCAAUCGUAUGCUUCUCAGCACCAUCCUCCCGGAACCAAUUCCAAUGUCUCAGCAACUGCCGGGGUGCCACCCGCGCCGGGACAGCCCUCUAGUUUUGCUAUUGCCGGUGCCCCUGGAAUCUCAACUGAAGCUCCAGGGACUCUCCCACCCCCUCCUGCCACAGCUAUGAAUCCCCCAGCUGCUGCUGCCUCCAUAAACGCUUCCUAUGCUUCCAAUCCGCCCGGAUAUCCUGUUGACCGAGCCCAUGAUGCCGAAUAUCAACGCCAGUGGGAUCAAUUCAUGGCCGAUGAGCGACAGUACAUGUCGGAGGCCAAGUGGGAUAGGUUCCCCGAAGGCUCACGCAUUUUUAUUGGGAAUCUCUCUAGCGACAAAGUCUCUAAACGUGAUGUUUUCGACAUUUUCCACAGAUUUGGCAGACUCGCCCAGAUUUCCCUCAAGUCGGCAUAUGGCUUUGUGCAGUACCACACAGUCGAGGAAGGCCGUAGUGCUCUGGAAAAUCUUCAGGGUAUGGAAGUGAAAGGACGCCGUAUCCAUUUGGAAAUCUCCCGCCUUCAAGAUAAAUCUAAGAAGGAGAGAAACCGUAGCCCUGAGCGAGCUCGUGGCGGACGUGGCGACGGUGGUCGUAGGGGAGAAAAGUAUCGCGACGAUAACCGAUCCACACGCAAUCAAUCGCCUCGUCGCAAUGACUACUAUGGCAGGAACGAUAGAAACGACAGAAAUGAUAGAGCCGAAAGGGCCGACAGGACUGAUAGCUACAGCGGUCGAGAUCGAGGAUACUAUGACUCAGGCAGAGGCCGCGGCCGCUCACGAUCUCCUGGUGGAUAUGGCAGAAACGAAAAGGACUCCUAUCGCAGGAGAAGCCCCAGUCCCUACAGUAGACCGCGACAUGAGCCAGAGCUUGAUCUACCUCGUCGAUAUGGUGCGGAUGUUCCAGAUGUGCAAAUCGUCAUGCAGCCAGAUGUCAGCCCAGAUUUUGGCACUUGGGUUGAAGGCGCCUUCAAGGCCAAAGGAUUGAGAACCCACGUCAUGUACCUCCACCCGCGGUUUCCGAAGGACCAAGUCAUCCAACGACAGGCUGCUGAAGGCGUGCACGGAGUUGUAGACCUGGAUCUUCGCGCUCAGAGCACGGCCAAAAUUCCAGUCCACUCGUUUGACCGAUCUGGAGGCAUCCACAAUGUUCGCUUCGAGCAAUAUAUCGACCUAGAGCCAGGUACAGCAGCAGAAGUCAUCUUGCGAGCAAAGGCUUCUGGCAAUGCGGCUUAUGGCCAACCAUACGGCGGUGCUGGUGGAUAUCCCAUGCAGUACGCUGCACAGGCCCCGCAACCUCCUCAUGUCGCUGCGUAUCCUGGCAUGCAGCAGCCGGGCUCGUAUCCACCGCAACCCGCACCAGCUGCACCAUCUGUGCCGUCUGCCGCCGACAUCGCGAAUCUCAUAGGGCAGGUUGACAAUAAUACGCUACAAAGGCUUCUAUCAACCAUCCAAGCGGGGGCUCCGGGAGCGAUACCAGGCGGUCUUACACAUGGCAGUACCAAGCCUGCAGCGCCAGCCGCUAACGCACCACAAGUUGAUAUUCAAGCAAUAUUAGGAUCUCUCAACGGAGGUACAGCGGCGCCACCUCCACCUCCGCCACAACAACAACAACAACACCAUGGAGCCCAUCCUCAGAUGCAGUAUGGCGCCCCAUACGGUGGUCAGCCUGCGGUUGUUGCGCAGCCAGCAGGCACGGGCGAUGCGGCGGCCCAGGUGCAGAACAUCAUGGCUCAAUUGGCUCGUUAUCGGCAGUGA